UCACAACACAAGCAAAACAUCUACAUCUUGUUACCAAGUUGUUACCGGUUUGCGAAUUUGCCCAUUGUAUUUAUAAUUUUAAAUAGCGAAAAUGCCUGCCUUGAGUGCGAAUUUCUUACCAGAGCAACUGGCAAGUAAAGCUGGAACUGCUUUUGUCACAUCGUUGGAAGAUCCAAAGCGGUGGACUGGAAUUCCUUUGCUGAACUAUACUCCUUUGCACGAGCUGAAGGAUAUGAGCAUUGUGAGAUUCCGAGGCAUGAUUCAAGAUAUGCUAGACCCCGAAAUGUACUUGGAGCGAUAUGAAGUUACAAAGGAAGCGGAUAACACCUCCAGAGUUCAAGAAGGGAAAUAUCGGGAUUGUUUGUUAUUAAAUGAUGGGGAACGUUUAAAUCACGAUGCGGAGACGAGUGUUCAUGGUGAACGCCGUGCUUUCUUUGUUAUAUCUAUUCCUGGUUUAAACGAAUGGUGUCAUGAAUAUGAAUCUCAAUGCAGCCGUUACAAUUUGCCUAAGCCAAUGAUAACAGAAAUGGCCGGCGAGGGUGCAAAGAAGCGUUCAGCGCCGACAGAAGACGAAUGUAUGGAUGUUGAAAUAGAAUCUGCUGGCGGACAGAGUCCCGAUUGUGAUGCUCAUAAGCGAAAACGAACAGAGGUACUAGGUAGUGCUGAUUCCGGACGUAACUGCUCGGAUCACCGCUCAAGCGCAGUUAUUGGUAUGGAAUAUCAUUUAAACUCGCCAAUACCAAAUCGUCCUAGCAAAGCUUGCUUAAUUAAAAUUUAUAGUGACUUUGAAAAAUAUAAAUUGAAUACAAUUCUUGAUGUGGUGGGUUUUCUGUCUGUAAAUCCCGCACUAGACGCAUCAACGAUGGAUGUUGAUGCCUUCGACAACAUUAAUGAGAUCCAAGCACAAAACCCGCCGCCUUCAUUGAUACCACGUCUUCAUGCAAUAGCAGUUCAUUGUCUUCCACAUGCUAACCCUUUGAUGGAUGAAAGGCUGCUAUCUCCUGUGGCAGAAAGUGUUAACCUGGAGUUAACUGAGGACUUUAACAUGUUAUCAACAGGAAAUGAGUUUCGCGUAUUUUUAAAACUGUGUUUGUUCAAUGAUAAUUUGGCUGCAGAGUAUCUGCUAUCACACCUUAUAUCAUCAGUAUAUUGCCGAGCAGAAACUCGAUGUCUUGGGAGGUUUCUUCUCAAUCUUUUCAAUAUACCCCAGAGUCGCUUACAACAAUAUACAAAAGAAGUAUAUAACCUAUUGGAUUUGCUAAUUCCCGCCAGCCACUAUAUCACAAUGACCGCAGAGACAUUGAACGAUUCAACUUUUGGACCAAAGAAAGAUUAUGAAACCAACAAAUUAGUCUCUGGCAUGCUUCAGUUGGCACCACAAACUCACCUAGUUAUAGACGAAACCUUUACUAAAUCUGAUACCUUAAACAGCAAUGGUCUAUUGUCUAUGCAGAUCCUGGGACAUGUAAUGAAGCAUCAACAGCUAAAAUGCAAUUUCCAGUACUAUGAAAUUGAAUAUGAUGUAGACAUACCAAUAUUGUGUUUUAGCGAGAAGAAAAGUGUACUACCAUACGACGCCUAUGUUCCUAUCGAGUAUGACGAGCACACUGUUGAACUUAUAGAAGAGUCGCUAAAGGCUGCGCACCAUUACUUGAACCCAACACGUCUAAAUCAAUUUAGACGCUUUCUCACAACAGCUAAGCUCACAGAAUUCAGUGUAAAUGAAGCUGAGAGUGAAAUGAUUCAAAAUGAUUUUGUGGAAAUGCGUAAGAACAAAAGUAUUCGCGAUGCUGAAGAACUUCAUCAUUUACUAGUGCUAGCACGUUUAUUGGCCGUUGCACGUGGUAAAAAUGUGCUUGACAAAGAUGCGUGGGAGUUGGCUAAACAGAUGGAAUCGGAUCGCCAAAAAAGAUUCGCUGCAUUAUCGCAGGAUCUUACAAGGCAACGAAGCAAUUAAUAUCAAUAGGACUUUUCAGGAUCUUGUGCAAUGCUUUUGAAUUUGCAUAUUCGUUGUAUUUGUAAAUUCACAACAAUAAAAUGCACACGGUUGAAAUGGCAGCAAGCAAAAAAUUUGCAAAUGCAAUUCCAACUGCAAAUCCAAGACCAUUUCCACGACAUCAUGAACAGCCCUAUUGUUUUCAUGUAACGAUACUUUCUUAGAAUGUCAUCGUUCGUUAUUUGAUAUGAGAAAAUAAAUAUUUUAAAACUCCUAA